AUGACAUACAUCAGCGUUGAUGAGAGGCAGGAACACUCACGGGUAAUUUUGAGCUGCCAGAAUAAUCAGCUAUAUGCGCAACAUGGCUUAAAGGAGUUCUCAAUUAGCAACAUGCAUCCCUUAAAGAACAUGGAUACUCAUCUUUUUACUGGAGACUUUAAUCCUGUAAACAAAGGAGGCAAUAAUGCAGGAACACAUCUGUAUCAGAGCAUGGAGAAUCUACACUGGGCCACAGUAGCUGAUCCAUGCUGCCAUCCUCACUGUGGAAAUGUAGAAAAUAAACAUGUCUUUCAUUACAAAGAUACAGCACAUUGCUCCAGGUAUUCCAUGGAAGGUUCCCUAACUCCCAAUUCACCUGAACGUUGCCGACACUUCUCCCUUCCAUCAGAGCAAGGGAUUCCUUCAACACAAGAUAUAGCUCUUUCCUCUUGUGCCAAAGUGCCUCCAUGGCUUCUUUCCUCCAUCAGUGGGGAUGCCAAAAAAAUCCUGAAAGAAAAACUUAGAAUUCACAGUAGUAAAGCUACUGAGAUUUGCAAGCCACUCAGAGCUCAGACUUCUUUGAACGAUUCGGUUGCAAGGGAAUGUUCUGAAUGUCAGGCUUGCCAGCAAUAUAAGAAUGGUUGCUCCCCUAACUGUUGCACCAUAUUUGUGCAGCAUGCCACUCUCGCUCAUGCCCCGUGGGUGGCAUUGGGGAGGCAACGGCCUUGUUUCUAUAGCAGGCUAACAAGCCCAGAAGACAUCAAGCAAGAAGCCCAGAGAAGGUUGCAGAUCAGGAGGCAGAACAGUUCCCCCAGCUUGACCCUCCAUUGUGCCAGUGAGAGUCAAAAAGUGGUCAAAUCCCAAACUAUGGGAUCAUUAAAAGGAGAUGGAGAAAGAGGAGAUAGCAAAAGGACUCCAGAACAGAGCAAAAAAGGUGACUGCAAAGAGAGACUCUACAUUCCAACUUUUGAAGAGUUCAAGAGGAUGAGAAGCAAGGCAACUCUUUUUCUCAAUGGCAGUAGUGAAACAGUGAAAAGUACAAAGGAAGCAAUCCCAAAGUUGGGGGAAAAAAGUCAAAACCUUGGUUCAGCUGACCAUCAGGAUCAUAUUAAAGAAGUGGUUUCAGUAAUAGAUGAUGAUGAUGAGGUGUUUCAUGAAAACAGCCAGAAUGCUUCCAGGUUUAUUGGCUGUGAAGAAAAUUCAUCCACAUGGGACAGAAGUGUCUGCCUAAUAAAUACGCCUGUGGCCAGGGACAAGAUUUCCGAAGUUCCAACAUCAGAAACAGUGCCAGUUCCCAUUUGUUCUAGCCCAAUUCCAAGAUUGCCUCUGCAACCUGCUGCAGUAUUUAGGGAGGAGGGCAAGAAAGCUUUUGCUGAAGAAGAGAAACAGGGAUUGGAUGCAAGAAAGUUCAGUGAAGCGCUUCACCAUGCUGGACAGUCUCUGGUGCCUGAAACUCAGUCAUCUUGCUGCCCGCUGCUGUUAGAAGCAACUGAUAUCUCCAGUUAUGGAGCUAAGCUUCAGAAAAUGAAGGAUGAAUUUAUAGGUACUGCUCUGGACCUCAUUAAAAAGAGCUGCAGUGCUGAAACUACCCCUGAUCUCCCUUCCCCCAAAUCUUGUGAAGUUCAGAAAGCAGAUCACACUAUUGUGGAAGACUGUCAUCAAUCCACAAGCUCCAGCUCAAAUUGUCGCAGAUCAAGUUCUGACAUCUCCUACGAAACCUCAGCCUGCACCAAAGUUCAGCGGGAGUGUCGUUUACGGCCUCAUUUCAGUGACCCAAUGCCAACAGAUGCUGUAAAGAGGAAACAACUGGAGUUGAAGAUAGCUGCAGCAGCCCGGCACCAUGCCCAGAAACGCCGGCAAGAGAGAGAACCCAGUCCAGCACUGACUAAAGCCACUGUCAACUAUGGAAACAAUGUUGAUGAGAAUCACCAGGUCCUGAGCAGUUCCUUUCGUUCCAAACACCGCUGGAGCAACGUUAGCAGUCUCAGCGCAGAUAGUGGCAUUGCGGGUGGGAAUGAUGAGAGAGACAAUGCUGACAUCACCAUUGGAGGGGUGCCAAGGAUUAGGUCAUCCAAGAUGGAGCGGGCAGAUAGUGGUAUCAGCCAGGUGUUGAGUAGGAGGUGGAGGAACCGGGCAUCAGAAACAUUAACAUCUCUACAGGCAUGGGAAGCCCAUCAACCUUGUGCUGACUGUGGUGGGAGAGAUUUUCCACUGGAAACAGAUGUUCAGAAUCAAAACAGGAGACAGGCCACUCUCUGUGAGAAGUGCCUGAAGUGCAGGACAGAGCGGAAGGAAUCUGUGCUGGAAUUUGUCAAUACUGAAGCUAGUUAUGGGGAAGACCUACGCAUCAUCAAGGAGGAAUUCUAUCUCCCCAUGCAAGCAGCUGGCCUCCUCACACAAGAACAGCUGUUGGUGGUUUUCAGCAAUAUCCAGGAGCUAAUUGACCUCAAUGAAAACUUUCUGGAGUAUCUUCAGGAAGAGAUUGAUCAGGCUUUUGAGCAGGGUGAUGAUGAUCUCAUGACUGUGUGCAUUGGAGAAAUAUUCCUGGAGUUUGUGAACAUGCUGCCUGCAUUCCAGACAUACUGUCUCCAGCAGUCAUCCUCAGUGAACAUGCUCAAUGCAUUGGAAAAAGAAAAAGAGUUACUUAGGAUAUUUCUCAAUGUUUCGCAGAAUGACAACACAGCACUUCGUCGCAUGAACCUGCGGUCCUUCCUCAUGGCUCCCCUGCAAAGAGUUACAAAGUAUCCCCUUCUUCUGAGCCGUAUCAUCAAAGCCACUACGGAGUAUCACCCAGAUUACAGCAGUCUGAAGGAGGCCAAAAGCCGCAUCGAAUCCCAUCUGGAACACAUCAACAUGAAAACCAAGCAGGAAGGGAAUUCGUGGACUCUGCGCUCCUUCCGCCAGGACAGCAAGAAGAACAGGGAGGUUAUCAACAUUGAAAUGAGGGAAACCGCUCUCAAGACAGUGGGCUGGCUGCGGGAGGAAACACGGUUCGUGAUGGAAGGCCCUUUACAGUUGGCCCAGCCACCUGAUGGACAAUGGGUGAAAAAGGGCAGUAAGACUUUAAAGUUCCAGAAGAUGCAAGUACUCCUUAUGGUCAAUAUCCGGCGUGCAUCUGAGUCCAGUUUUGAACCAGGGGAGCCGGGCUCUGUGAAAGAUGCAGUAUUGGUACUUAUUCGGGAUAAAAACAAUGGGAAGUUCAGUUUGCUCAGGGAACCCUUGCGACUCAGCAACUGUGUGGUCUCUGUGGAUCCUGACUGUGAUGAUACAUUUGAGCUGCUUGAGAUAAGGCGGGAAUCCUUCAUAUUUCGAGAUGGCGACAAGGUACGAACUCAUCACUGGUUUAGGCAGAUAAGGAGGUACUCUCGGGAGCUGGGCUCCUGGAAGAAACGUCGUAAUGCUUUGCCCAAUAUCAUGAUAAGUGCAUCUCAUAAUAGGUCAUGA